AUGUCAACCGACGAUCAGGAUCUCAUGAAAAAAUACGUCCGUUUGAUACCGCAACAAACACAAGACCUCUUGGCCACGGGAAUAAUGGUCCUUAUAAUCCCACUUGGAUUAGUGUUGCAUCUUACAUAUGUACUACCGACUUGGUACCCAGUAUGGAGCGAUGAAUGGGUUAAGAGAUUGAUUCCCAUCAUGUUCUUUGCGUUCAAUUUGUAUUCAAAUUGGAUUCUCAUGAUGAAAGUUGGGCCAAACGGAAAGAAUACAAUACUUCCGAAUGUGGUCAAACUCGGGUUUAGGUAUUGUCAUUCUUGUCACACAAAUGCCCCACCUCGAGCUCACCAUUGCCCAGUUUGCGAUGUCUGCGUACUUCGUCGAGAUCAUCAUUGCUCAUUUGGAGGAAUCUGCGUUGGUCAUUUCAAUCAAAGAUAUUUCGUUGCGGCCAUCAUCAACCUUUUCCUAAUGGUCUCUCCGCUCACUUGGAACGCCUGGGAUUUGCUGUCGACAAAAUUCGAAAACGGAAUCACUCUUGGACGAGUUUGGCAAAUCAUGCUGCCCCAUGUUGCAUGCGUUCUUAGAUUUAUCACAUUCUACCAAUUCCUCCACGUCUUGAUCUUCGCGUUCACAUUGACUGUUUGGCUGUUUUCGGUUUAUCUCAUUGCUGCUCAAGCUUUCUGCAUUUACAACGGACAGACACGCGUUGAAUAUUUGAUGGAAGUCCAUGCUUAUCAACUCGGUUUCUUUGAGAACAUCCGUCAGGCUCUAGGAACCCGCUGGCCUCUGAUUGCAUUCUCCUGCUUCAUUCCAAUCACCGUGCUAUUCUGCUAUGCCGCAUUUGUGGCUUCAGAAGACCCGGAAGGACGAGACGAAAAAUACACCUACAAGCAGCUAUGCAUGGUCGAUGAUAAGCCAACGAUUCUUGAUGGAUUCGAUUGCCGCUACCAAGUCGCUGUUGCAAAAUGGCAAAAUUCUGUGAACACUACCGGAUGGACUUUUCUCGAAGUUGAAACGAAGGAAAAUUAUUGCCCCCAACUCCAAGCUUAUGCUGCUGGAUACCUUGAAGGACUUCUCUCCAAGACUGUCUUGAGUUAUCAUCUUCAAAAUGCUCAGGAGGGGUAUUGUACCAACUUCACCGGAUACUGCAAUAGGCUUUCCGAGUUCUUGACGACCAACCAGAACUGGAUCAAGACCACACUUGAGCAAACUGCUCCCGAUGAUCUCUACUGGGGAGCCGUCAAUCGUACCUAUCACCAGAUUUCUGGACUUAUUGACGCAUAUGAGGGACGAGAAUUCAAACCGCGAAUUACUUAUGAGCUUCAUCCAAUUCUUUAUUUGAAUUUAAAUGGCGAUUUCUAUGAUUUGGAGAAGAAAUUGAACAAGACUAGAGACCCGGCUUUCGAUCAGACCGGUGGAAAAUGCUCAGGACUCGUCAAACUUGCCCCGGGAAACGCCGAUCUUUUCAUAUCUCAAGUCACCAUGAGCGGUUUCCAGAACAUGCUUCGUGUGUUGAAACUCUACAAAUUCGGAUACGAUCGCAAAAUGUAUCCUGGAUAUGCCACUUCGUUCUCGUCUUACCCAGGACUUCUUUAUUCGUCGGAUGAUUUUGCACUCCAGACAUCAGGCCUUGCCGUCAUUGAAACAACUAUCAGUGUCUUCAACACAUCGCUUUUCGAAAAUACAAAACCAGAAGGACAACUUCCAACAUGGAUCCGCGCGAUUGUCUCAAAUCAACUCGCUCGAAAUGCUCGCGAAUGGUGCAAAAUCUAUUCUUUCUACAACUCGGGUACCUACAACAAUCAAUGGGCUGUGCUUGACUAUAACAAAUUCACACCAAACAAGCCAUUGCCAAAAUACGGCCUCUUCUACGUUCUUGAGCAGCUUCCAGGAAAGAUUGUAUACUCCGAUUUGACGUGGUUUAUUGAGAAGUAUUCUUACUUCCCAUCGUACAAUAUUCCAUUCUUCAAGGAGAUCACUGAAGCCUCUGGAUUCAUUGGACAAGCGCAAAAGCUUGGUGAUUGGUUCAAGUGGGGAGCAUCUCCAAGAGCCAAAAUUUUCGAGCGCGAUCACGUGAAUGUACAUGAUUUGGAUAGUCUUACCGCUCUUAUGAGAUACAAUGAUUACACUCAUGACGAAUUCUCCCGCUGCAAGUGCAAUCCACCGUACUCUGCGGAGGCCGGAAUUUCAGCGCGCGGUGACUUGAAUCCAGCCAACGGAACCUACGAGUUCCCAGGACAAGGGCAUGUGAACCAUGGAGCUCUUGACUACAAGGGAACCAAUGUUAAGCUGAUGAAGAAGUUGCAGUUUGUUGCUCAAGGAGGUCCAACAUGGGGAAAGGUCCCAUCAUUCAAGUGGAGUGAAUUUGACUUUAAGGAUAAGGUCAAACACGUUGGGCAUCCCGAUGAGUGGAAAUUCAAUCCAUUGGUUCAUAAAUGGGAAACCGAAAUCUAUGCUUAA